CGCAAGCUGAAAAAUACACCCCAUACGUGCUCAUCAAAUAUAUCUCCCGCAAGGCAAACGUUUCACCAAAGAGUACAUACUGCACUAAAUAAUGAACGGUUCACCAUACGGAUAACUCUAUCAAAUCGACAACUUGCCGCGAACUUGCUAAGAUGAAUUUGGGUCGAUCGAUACGUAUCAAUAAGUGCGGGGUCGUGAUACUGGGGCUGCUGUUUAUGUGCAUUUUGUACUACCUCUGGAACAGCAAUGGUGCGAACGGGGCAAGCUACGCGUUCAGCAAAAACCCGAACGAAAUCAAUCUCCGCAAAUUGCUGAUCGGCUCAAUACAGGCCGCCCAGCAUGGGGGGUUCGAGGUGGUGGCUGUUUCGAAAAUGCGAGAUCUGCACGAGCAAAGCAAAGGGAAAACGAAGGAAGGUGCAAACAACCCGGUCACUGAUGCCGACUAUCGCUCCAACUGCGUGAUGAAGAAUGGGUUGUUGCGAAUAUUUCCCAAGCUGAAGGUCAUCUCCGAGGAGGACGAUAGGCAGGAACAGUGCGCCGAGGUACAGCUGUUCGAUCUUGAUCCUACCGUUCUGCCCGAGAGCGUGACCGUGCCGGACGAACGUGUCAACAUAGAUGAUGUGGAUGUGUGGAUAGACCCGCUAGAUGCCACACAGGAGUAUACCGAACGACUCCAUGAGUACGUCACCACAAUGGUAUGCGUAGCAGUAAAGGGCGUCCCGACGAUUGGCAUCAUACACAAUCCCUUCACGAUGAAAACAACCUGGGCCUGGCGCGACAGGGCACUGUCAGAGUCGCUGGCCAAUCUAAAGCACGAUGCCGACGUGAAACAUCCAACGAUCAUCGUGUCCCGAUCGCAUGCCGGUGCUGUAAAGGAACAAUCGAAGCAAAUUUUUGGCGAAAACGCACAAGUCAUUUCGGCCGGUGGAGCCGGUUUCAAAGUGCUCCAGGUGAUACAGAACAACGCUACGGCCUACCUGCACACGACGCACAUAAAAAAGUGGGACAUUUGUGCCGGCGAUGCCAUACUCGGUGCGAUCGGCGGUAGAAUGAGCGAUCUGCACAAUGAAAAUAUAGUGUACCAUCGCGAUACACCUGCGCUCAACCCGAGCGGGCUGCUGGCUACUGCCCUUACGGAAACACAUGAAGCGUACAUUAAACGAAUAGUGGAAAGCAAACGUUUUGUACGGUAAGACGUAUUUGGUAACCUUUCGCCGACAUAUCUUCAACACGGUUGAUAUGGAACGUGGCGCGUCGUAGGGCAUGCAUGCGCGCGCCUCUAAGCAGAAAUGUAAUUGUUUUCAUUCCAAACUUCAAAUUCUGCACAACAUCACCUAAGCGUAGUUGGUUACACCUAGAACACGCCGUAUCGAUGCCCGGCGAAAGACAUUAUGCUUGUUUAAGUAUUUGAUCUCAAUCGCAAUCGAAUGCGUCGACCACGGACACAAGUGCGUUACUUGACCAGUACGGGAUGCAAUAAGUAAACUUUGGUUAGUUAUGAUUUUUAGAAGAAGAAAAAAAGGUGUUUCUCGUUCUCUUUGUUACUACUACAUAGUAUGAAAUAAAAGCAUCCGUAGCAUACCAUUUGAUAUAGAUUAA